UUUCAUUCCAAGCCCGGCAAGCGUCAAAAUACCAGCCAAAAUCCUUCCAUAUACAUCGCGUCAUCUUGAUUUUCGGUAGGACGCUUUGCUUCUAGCAAACCGGCGGCUCAUAUGGCAGACGAGUGGUGGAGCUCUGCGCGUACUGCUGCCGCCGCCGAUGCCGGUUCUCCCUGCUCCACAGCUCCGGCCACGGACCAGGUGGACGCUGCCGAGUCGGCGGCGGCGACGACCACCAACUCGAUAAAUUUCCGGCCAACUUUGCACGUCGUCGACGCUGCCGCCCCGCCGUCCUUCCUCACUGAUCCACCCCAUCAUAUGGAUAAUUGGACGCAAGCCUACAUGGGCGGGAGAGCGCCGACGGCGACCACCAGCUUCAACUUCAACGCGUUGCUCCAGCUCCACGGCGACGCUGGCCGCCACUUCUUGCUCGGUCAGCAUCUCCACGCUGCUGACGGCGCGGCGCCCGUGGCAGCAGAGUCGCAGAGCGCGUCGUCGUCCCUGUACGCCGGCGGCAACCAGCCGUACUCCAGCUACGGCGGCGACGUGCCAGCGGCAGCACUGAUGACGAAGCCGACGUUCCGUCAGCAGGAAUUCUUUGACUCGUCGACGCGGAAUUUCGGCGACAUGCCGGCAGCGCCGCCCAUGACCACGACGAAGCCGCUUCUCUUGCAGGCCUUAGAGCAAAAGGCUUUCAAGUCCCAUAAGGAACCUGAACAAGACGCUUGCUCCUCGGCGACGAGAAGUGUUCCCAGCUCGCCUGCGCCGGCGAAGAAGAAGCCCCGAGUCGCGACGCCGUCUCCGUUGCCGACCUUCAAGGUGAGGAAAGAGAAGCUCGGGGACAGAAUCACUGCUCUCCAGCAACUAGUCUCGCCUUUUGGAAAGACGGAUACUGCAUCAGUUCUUCACGAGGCCAUCGAAUACAUCAGGUUCCUGCACGAUCAAGUAGCUUCCCUGAGCUCUCCCUACCUGAGGUGUGGACGGCCUGUGCAGCAGCUACAGCAACAACAGGUAUGUAGUGUACAAGUGCAAGUUCCUACGUUUACCCGCCAAUUUGAUCUGCAAAAUAUGCCAUUAUUAUCCAGUUAUUUUCCUCCCAAUGAUGAGAUUAACAAAGUUCAAUUUCUUGUGCGGAGGACGGCGGCGAGGCGAAGGAGGACCUGCGAAGUCGAGGGCUGUGCCUUGUCCCGGUGGCGAGCACUACUUACGCAGUGGCUACUAGCGAAACGGCGCCGGAGUUCUGGCCCCCUACCUUUGGGGGCACAUUACAGUAGAGAGUAUAGGGACAGAGAGAAUGCAGUAGCAUGAACAUGAAGAUCUAGGUGUAGAUAGUUGGAUUGAAUUGCAGAAAAGCAAUGGAAAGAGGGGAAGAAAGCCGUCAGAAAAACGUAUGAUAGACCACAUGCACUUGCAUUGGGCAGGUUCAAAAGAGAAUAGUACUGGUAUUACAGAGAGGAGAUCUGGAGACGAUGGUGGAAACUUUCUAGAAAUUGGAAGCAAAAGGAGCGCUCAUCAGCUUUGUAAGAUAGCGAGCCUAUUGGUCUUGUUGUUUAAGAAAAAGUUAUUACAAAUUAUUAGACAAGUACAUCUUAUUGAUUA